AUGGGUCACGGGUUGGACAAUUUUACAGGAAGUAUUGAACACUAUGUUCCAGCCAAUGAGACCCUGCUAAGUCCAGUGACCACUGUUCAACUUGGUGAUCCUGUAACCCUGCUAUGUGUUUUCCCAGAAGAACAAUUCAGCGAUGAGCAAAUGCACUGGUACAAGCAAACUAUGGGAGGAAUUCCACAACAUUUCGCAUCAAUGCUGCAAUAUUUUACAGAGCCUGUGUUUCACUUUGGAUUGAAUAAUGCACACUUCAAUGUAAAAUUGGAUCAGAUCAUGUUUUGCCUUAAUAUCAUGAAGAUGAUCCCAGAAGAUGAAACCAUGUACUAUAGUGCAAUUGGAAGACAGAUGACUGUGGAAUUUAGAGAUGGCACAUAUCUGUCUUUGAAAGGUAACAUUUACCAGACUGUAGAGCAACAGCCAGUGUCUGACCCAGUCCAACCAGAAGUUUCUGUGACUCAACGGUGUACAGUACUCUCUGAGACCUGUACAGGAGAACAUAGUGUGUACUGGUUUAGAGCUGGAUCAGGAGAAUCCCAUCCAGGAGUCAUUUACACCCCUGGGAACAGGAGAGAUGGGUGUAAGAAGAACCCUGAGACUCCCUCUCCUACACAGAGCUGUGUCUACAGCCUCUCCAAGAACAACCUCAGUCUCUCUGAUGCUGGGACUUACUACUGUGCUGUGUCUAAAUGCGGGGAGAUCCUGUUUGGUGAAGGAACAAAACUUAACAUCAUUAAAGCUUGGGAGCAGCAGUGA